AUGACCACUUCAACUUUUCAGCAGAAGACCGACGAAGAAUGGCGUCAGAUUUUGACUCGCGAGGAGUAUCGGGUGCUUAGAGAGAAGGCGACGGAGCCCCCAUGGAGUGGAGAAUAUAACAGCGUCUAUCCUUCUUCGGGCUUCUUUGUUUGCCGCGGGUGUCUCUCACCUCUCUUCCCUGCAAGCAGCAAGUUCAAGUCAGGCUGCGGUUGGCCUGCGUUUGAUAGGGCCUAUGAAGGCAAAGUGAAAGCUGUGUUGGACGCUGACUUCGACGAACGAGCGGCACUGCGUGAAUUCUUUAUCAAUUAA